AUGUUUGACCAGUCGGAUCUGUACUUCAUUGCUCUAUUGCAACUAUGUAUCUUCAAAUCCUUCGGAACAGAAGACCGGGAGACGCAGUUCCCUGUGGCUGCUCAAAAUCAAGUGUAUGAGUACAUUCUCUUUAGAGGGUCCGAUAUCAAGGACAUCAAAGUUGUCAACAAUGUCAGCUCGAUCCCUAACGAUCCAGCUAUCAUGCAGAUGACGGUGCAACAAUCGAUGGGACAACAGCCCUUUCAGCCACAACCAGGCUAUGGCCAUCCAAUGAUGGGCCAAAUGAAUCCAAUCAAUGCUCAAUUUGGACCUUACAUGCCAGUAGGUGGUAUGGGCAUGAUGAUGGGAAUGCCUAAUCAGAACCGACAGCCAAUGGGAAAACCAACAAGUGAGUUGGGUCUCGGUUCUAGCGAGCCCAGUUCGAUUCAAAUACCAAACGUACAGGCGGCAGCGCCAAAUGUCGAACCCGUGCCCAAAGAUCAAUCUAUAGAGGAUGGUGUGUUAGACAUAAUUAGCGGAGGUUCGCGUUCGACGACGCCACCAUCUCUCCUGGCAAGGAAGAGCCCGUCGAUAGACCAGAGCGUGCAGACGAACCAGCAGCAGCAACAGCCCAACAACAUUGGCAAAAUCGGUGACAAGACGAAUAUGCGCAAUAAUCAGAUCCACCGACAGGACAGGUUUGAACCACGUAGCCACGGGAGCGGUAGGACGAGCAACAUGUCUCAGUACAGCGAGGGCAAGCCCCAUCCUCAACAGCAGCAGCAGCAGCAGCAGCAGCAGCAGCCGUCACAACAGUACAAAGAUAACCAGAUGCACGGAUCCAAUCCAAACAUGCGCAACCAGAACCGUGGCAAUCAAGGUGGCUGGCAGAUGAAUCAACCACGAGGUGGUCAGAUGCGUGGUGGACGAGGUGUCGGUGUUGGUAUUGGCGGUGGUGUUAUCAUUGGUAUUGGUGCCGGUGGCGGUGGCGGUAACAACCGCGGACCACGACCCAACUUCCGUAAUCAGCAACCCGGUGGACCCAAGCCAAAGAAUAGGCUCAAGUUCGAGAAUGAUUACGACUUCGAGCAGGCAAACACGGAGUUUGAGGAACUUAGAUCGCAGCUGGCUAAGACGAAAAUCGACGGUGGAGAGAGCGAAAAGAAGGACGAUAGUGGCAACGAGACCGCAGCGGGCGAUAACGAACCUGAGGAGGAGCAGUCCGAAAUUAUACACUAUGACAGAGCCAAGUCGUUCUUUGACAAUAUUAGCUGCGAAGCCGUUGAGAGGAGUAAGGGCCGAUCUCAACGCACGGACUGGCGAACAGAGCGUAAACUUAAUUCCGAGACUUUUGGCGUAGCGUCGAUGCGACGUGGAGGCUUCCGUGGCCGUGGUUACGGCUACAACAACCGCAAUCCCAUGGGUGGUGGUAACAUGUACCGCAAUCAACUCGGUGGUGGCAACCAGAACUACAAUCGCGGUGGCUACAGAAAUCAGCGGGGCGGCCAGCACAGAAACCUUAACAAUCAACUCGGGAAUGCAAUGGGAUCAUCAUCGGGCAACCAAAGCAAUCGCAACGUAACGAGUAACAGUACGAGUCAUCCGAGUGAGCAAAGCAACAUCAACACGAGCGCAACGACGUCAGCGACCGCACCGGCGCAGCAAACCAGCCGCCUCGUCACUGGUACCGCGUAAUCAAUCUCACGUCUCGUCGAACCGCGUUUCUCGACUCUCAUUCUCACAAAAUCCUCGCGCUCUUGCUCUGACACUUGUACUCCAUGAAGAUGAUAACACAAGACAAACAGAUUGGUUUUUUUUAUAUUAUGUUGGCGCGCCUCACUCGUUGGAUUAAUUUACUAGCUGUUGGUGAUUCCACGACGAUGCGUGAGAAUAACAGAAAGUUCUUGAGUGUUCGCAAACAACGUAUGUUGCAAUGAAUGGACGAAAAACAACGGGUUAGUUUAUUCAUAAGUAUUAAUUAAGCAAGUAAGACUUUGAAUAAGGUUUGGCGCGUGAUUGAGAAUCGAGAAGUUGUAGGAGAAACGUUAGAACUGAGAACGAAACGAAUAAAAAGCGCGUACAAUGAUGACCCUUUUCUUUGUGAUUGCGUCAACGGCCGAUUUUUGAGGGAAGUAAAUGAAGUGGAUUUUAAACGCUUAGAAUUAUUGUUAUAAUGCAAGCACCAGAUUAAAGAUAAAAAAGUAUAAACGUAGUGGACGAAUUUAAGAGAGAAAGAGAGAAACAAGUAAUGAGUGAAAAAAAUGUAUCUUCGUAAUUGUAUGCCUUAUAACCGGUAUAUAAUUUAUUUGUGUAUAAAGGUAAAAAGGUGGAGGUGGUGAAAAACGAAGUGCGCCGGAUGCAUUUCGAGUUAGGAGGAUUAUCAAAGGAGUUUCCUUUGCACAAGAGAAAUUGAAGGUCGAAAAAUAAAAAAUUUUAUAAGCUCAUGCGACCACGGCACGCGACACUCGAAUAAUACAAAAUAUAUCGUCCACUACGACAAUGAUGCAUUAUUAUAUAUCGUAUAUACAUGUGCGUACACACCGUCGUUAAUCUUUUUUUUUUUUUUUUUUUUUUUUUUUUUACAAAGAGAAUCGUGAAUUGUGCGUAUAGGAUUAGUUCCUGAGCAAAGGAAGGAACAUGAAUUAAUAAUGUAAAGAACGAGGCGCUGAAGGCGGAAAAUAUACGUUCAAAAUUUUUUAGUAAUAAAAUUAAGAUGAAGGAGUGGCAUCGUAAAGACAGGCGACCCAUGGUAUAGUUGGAUUGUAUCCGCAAUGUCGGAAGUGAAUGGAAAAAGACAUGUUUUGAUCUUAAAAAAAAGCAAAGAUAUUUCGCGCGUUCAAUCUUUGCAGCUCCCUUUAUUGACCGAAUGAUUAUUGAAGGGAUAUUGAAAAAAUAGCAUCGUCUUUCGAAUGGAAUUCCGAGCAAGACUCGAUUACGAUUUCUCUUUAGUGAAAACUUGUGUUUAGUCCUUACGGUGUUUACUACUGAUAGUUUUUUACAAAGACGUAAUAAAAAAAAAAAUGAAUAAAUUAAAAAACGAGGUGUAUAAUCUUGAGUAGUAUUGAAUCUUGAAGUUUCGAGUCCAAGCGAAUGAACAAAAAAAAAAAAAAUUUUAAGAAUCGAAGCGUAUGAUCUCUCUUUCUCUCUCACGGUGCCGUGGUGUCGCAAAUAUUGUAUAAUAAACAAAAGAAUGCAAAGAUGGAAAACUGUGUAAAAGGAAUAAUUAAUCAUUAUCUCGACCUAUAGUUGUAAUAAAUAAUUAUAGUAACCUGCUUUGAUACGUCGUUGCGCGGAACAAAAAUUAAAAUAACUAUAAUGAAAAAAAAAUCGAUUAGCUUUUCUAUUUCAAGGAGAGCAUUUUAUUAUUAUUCAGAUUACCAGAGCCUGGUACAACUUUUCUUACGAAGUUGAAAAAAGAAGCAAACGAAAUAACACUAAAAAAAAGUAUGACGCGGAUGCACGUUCUUUGUAUCUUCUCGCUUACACAAUAACAAAAAAUUAACAAUUUUUUGCCCCAAACUAGAGUAAAGGUGGAAAGAACGUGCGAUCGGUGUUGCUUAAUUCAUAGAAAUAUCACGUCUUUGCAGGUUACUCCGUAAAUAAAAAAAACGAAACAAAACCGAAGGUGUUACGUUCCGGACGAGUAUCAAGGCGCGUGCGGCGAUCUUGGUCAAUGUAUUUUCUCCUUUUUUUUUAUUCCCACUAAAAUUAAAGAAAAAAUAAAAAUUUAAUAAAUAUUGUGGGGUCGGAUGAGUUGUGAAAAAAAGCGCUUUCCAUUUUUGAGGAUGAAAAAUAGAUAAUACGAUUAUCUUUAUAACAUGGAAAAAAAAGAGAUAAAUAGUCGAGUCGUUUUACUUUUAUAAGCUUAAUAGGACGGUUUGGGGUUUUUUCAUUAGGACGGACGCAUCAAGCCAUUUUUUUUGAUUUUUGUGAAUCGAGAGUUGGAAAAAAACGUGUCAGUGUGUGCUCUAAGCAGAAUGUAAAAAUUCAAGUAUCAUGAGUAGUAUUUCGAGCCUUAUAAAAAUUAUAACUCAUCGCUUAGUGAUGUCACGGACUCUUUGUACAAAUAAUUAUAGGAUUAUAGAUUUGCAAGACAUUGAACUUCUGUGUACGCUUGGAAACUCAUGAUACUCGAUAUGUAACACAAUAAAAUAGGUAAAAGUGUAAUGUAAUAUUCAAAUGAUGAAUGCAUGAUCGCAGUAUGGGAAACAAAACAAAAAUUAGCAAGAAGCCGAAAAAAAAAAAAAUCGUAAAAUGACGUUCGUUUAUGACUGUUAUUUUUGUAUGGCUCUUGGAAAAAGAGUCCCCAUGUGUGUAACGCGUCAUUGUAAAAUUAGGAAUUAUUUAGUUGAGGUACAAUAAUGUAACGUUCAGCUGGAAAGCAAAUGAAUUUGAACAAAAUAAGCCCGAGGCUUAUGUUAAAGAACCAAAAAAAAAAUAAAAAUAAACGUGUGCAACGUUAUUGGAAAUAAUUUUUCGAAACCAUCGGCCAUUUUAUCAAUUUAUGAUCUCCUUUUUUUUUUGUCUUUCUCCACACCACGAAACCCUACGAUAUGUGCACAGUCAUCUGACAGUCGUAUAAUUAAAUGUAUUUUAUUACAUACUAAUGUGAUUUUUUUCUCCUAAUUUUUUUUUUUUUUUUUUUUUUCCCCUCAAUUUGUACAGCGCAUACAUUGUGAUUUCCAAAGCUAAAUAAUACAAGAAAUAAUAUUUGA